UUAUUACUAUAUGGUUUCAGUUGACAGAAUCUGUUAGAGACACAAUAGUUGCAAAAAGCUAUUUUCAAAAGGGUUUUACUACUCUUGUAAGCCAGAAUCCACUUACUAUUUGGUUACCUGACUUUUUUUAGUUCAAAGAGUUUUCCUCAUUACACUUUGUAUGUAGCUCCAUUUCCAUAAGAGGGAGAACUGGGGUAUUUAUUUCAUAAUAAUUAUCUGUAUAAGUCUCAAGUUUUGCCAAAUGAAACAUGGAUCACACACAAUAUCAGCCAUUGAUCUUUUUUUUUCUUUUUUUCAUGACAAGAUGAUUACUGAGAAUGAUGUCAUGCUGUAAGAGUUGAUAAUGGAUUAAAGCUGUGUGCCUGGUGGAGUAGAAGUCUUCUAAUGUCAUUAAGAUGCCGGGCAUGAGGCCUUACUCGUGUAUAAAAGUGUGUUCUAGUCUUAUGAAAACCCAACUCAGGAAAUAUGGUUACCAACAAACCUACAUACACCCAAGAAAGUACAAUUCCUCUGACUCAUCACAGACCCAAACAUCUACACAUGAUUUAAUAAAAGAAAUAACUGAGGUGUCUCGUGAUCAUCUUACCCCAGAGAUUGCCCUUCACCUUCUCACACCAAAUUGCCCUUUGUGGCACAGCCGUGGAGAUGAAUGUCCAUUUCCUGAUCCUUUCUGGGCAUUUUACUGGCCAGGAGGUCAGGCCCUUACCAGAUUCAUUCUGGACAAUACUGAUCUGUUCAUUGGCAAAACAGUAGUAGAUGUUGGUUGUGGAUGUGGAGCCUCUUCUAUAGCUUGUCAGAUGGUUGGCGCAUCUCGUGUCAUAGCAAAUGACAUUGACACAGUUGCAGCAAAUGCAGUUUCUUUAAAUGCAGAACUGAACAAUAUUUCUCAAGCUACAAUAACCACCAAUCUCAUUGGUUGCCAUGACAAUAGAUGGGACAUAGUGUUGCUAGGAGACAUGUUCUACAAUGUGGAUUUCGCGGAUACCAUAACAAGAUGGGUGGUCUCCCUUCACAACAAAGGUGUAGCUGUGUUCAUUGGGGAUCCAGGUCGACUACCUUUCGAACAACAUCCACUUAAGUCAGAUUUAAAGAUGGUGGCAGAAUAUUCUCUUCAUGAAAAUUGUCUGAAAGAAAACAAUGGAUUGUCUUCUGGGUUUGUUUGGAAAUAUUAACAUAUAUUGAUUUGAAUAUUUCAUUGGGUUAUUUAUUGUAUAUAAAGCAUUAAAAUGGAUAA